AUGGAAGCGAGGUACCCCGCCCCUUCGCCGAGAUGGACCGCCACGUUCUGGCCGUUGGGGAAAUUCUCGCUUCGAAGAAAGCGGGACCUCGACGCCCCGCUGAGGGAAAAGAGAGAGGCUGCGCGGAGGGGGAGGGGUCGAGACCCGGCCGCGUGGAAGAGCCGCGCCGGCCGAAGGGUCCUUGGCCCGCCGCAGCGAGUCACGUGGGCCGGCGGGGGCGGGGUCGGAAAGGCUGGUGAAGUUUCUUCCGGGUCAAGGACGCUUAGCUCCAGCUCCGUGGGGGUGAAUGCCGGGUCUCGGGACGCCUGGCGUUUGACUCAUCUAGACUGCGAGUGUCUUCUGGUGGCGGCGAUGAGCUCCCAGAAAGGGAACGUGGCGCGUUGCCGGCCCCAGAAGCACCAGAACACGUUUAGCUUCAAAAAUGACAAGUUUGAUAAGAGUAUUCAGACCAAGAAAAUUAACUUGAAGGUUCAUGAUGGAGUAUGUCAUCACUGUAAAGAAGUCCUGGAAUGGCGUGUCAAAUACAGCAAAUAUAAGCCAUUAUCAAAGCCUAAAAAAUGUGUUAAAUGUUUCCAGAAGACAGUGAAGGAUUCUUAUCACAUAAUGUGUCGACCAUGCGCCUGUGAGCUUGAGGUCUGUGCAAAAUGUGGAAAGAAGGAAGAUAUUGUUAUUCCGUUUAAUAAAGAAACAGAAAAGACAGAAGAUAUUGAAAAUAAUCUACAUUCUAACCAUAGGAGAAGCCACAGAAAAAAUGAAGAAGAAAGUAAUGAUUUAGAUUUUGAUAUUGAUUUAGAUGACACAGAAGAUGACAAUGAAAUUGAUUAGACAGAAGAUGACAAUAAAUUGAUUUUGACUUCCCAAAACAUCAAAUUCUGAACAAGUUUUGCUCUUAAGUAUUUUAUUAAAAAAUAUUUUUUGAAAUCCUAAUGUGGAAAUCAGAUGAACCUCUACAAACAAGCACAUUUUAUAUGAGGAUGUUAGAUGUUAUAUGUGGUAUUUGAUACAGAUGUUUCACAAAGCUUCUUUAAAAUUUUGCUACAUUUGCAAGAAUGUAAAUAUGGGGGAUUAUUCAGAAGAAUAUGCUUCCUGAUAUCAGAUUAACCAAGAUAUAGGUUUGAUUCUUGGAUUAAAAAUAUGUAGAAAAGAUACCAAAAAAAAGUAUGUAACAAAAAUCAGAUGACUUUGGCUGGGGAGACAGUACAGCAGGUAGAGUGCGUGGCUUGCAUGUGGCUGACAUGGAUUUGGUCUCUGACAGCACAUAUGUUCCCCAGUCCUGCUGGGAGUGAUUUCAGAGCAUAGAACCUAGAAUAAGCCCUGAGAAUAGCUCAGUAUGCCCCCUAAAACAAAACAAAUAAACAGUCAGGUGACAUUAUUAUCUUGCUAUUGUCAGGCAAUUGGUACUCAGGCAGUCACCUCAGGCAGGCAUGUGUGCAGUGCCCAGUUAUCAUAAUGAAGGGAAGCAGGAAGGAGCUGGGGGAAAAUACAUAAAUAAAAACCCAGGUCCUCUGUAAACAUUAGCCAGGCAUGUGCUAAGACUCCAUGUUGAAAAAAAAAAACUGAUAAUUAGUAAGCAUGUUUUGAUAGUUUGUGCUCAAGUAAAAUCCCCACACAGCAAAAAAUUUAAAAAGUAACUUGCAUUACUUAUAUAUUGUAUAAAGCUUUUUAUUUUUGUAUAAUAAUGUUUAACAAAUGUAUAACAAUUUCUCUUUAAAAUAGUUUUGUUUUUUGUUUUAUUUGGGGGCCUCACCUGCAGUGCUCAGAACUUACUCCUGGUUCUGUGCUCAGGGACCACUCCUGGUGGGCUCAGGACACCAUUUCUGAUGCCAGUGAUCAAACCCACAUCUGCAGUGUCCAAGAAAUCAAUCCCUGGCACCACAUGGAUCCCCACUACAAGGAAUGACCCCUUUUCCCUCAAGCACAGAACUGAGAAUAGCCCCCAAGUACCUCCAAAUAUGACCCAAGGACCCCUAUAUUAAUUAAUUGAAAUAUUUUUAUGUACCCAUCAUCAUCAUCAUCAUCAUCAUCAUCAUCUCAUUGAUCAUUGAUUUUCUUGAGUGGUCUCAGUAAUGUCUCCAUUCAUCCUAGCCCUGAGAUUAUUCAUCCUAGCCCUGAGAUUUUAGAAGCCUCUCUUUACUCAUCCUUCCCAACGGUGCCACAUUGGAGGCUCUUUCAGGGUCAGGAGAAUGAGACCCAUCAUUGUUACUGGUUUUGGCAUAAGAAUAUGCCAUGGGGAGUUUGCCAGGUUCUCCCAUGCAGGCAGGAAAAUCUUGGUAUUUUGCCCGGUUCUCCGAGAGGGAGAACUAGGCUAUAAGAUGUUGUGCGCUUCCGGGAGCUUGGUUUUAUAGUCUCUCGAUGUUGGCCAUUGAUGGGAUUACACAGCUCAGGGGCAGUUUCUGGGUGUGACCGCCUAGCUACUGGAAAAUGGGGGAUCUGGGCAAAGAGGCCCAAUCCUGAUCUGAGCAGACUUGGAGAUCUCAGCCCCAGGUCCCACAUACCUGGGUUCCUCUGCCGAUUUCUUCAUGUGUGAGGCUCGUUCGAAUGUGUGAAGAGGGGCCUUGAGCAUGGCUGUGACUGGGUUCUGGAGGUCUUCGAUUGUGGGGGCUCUGCUCAGGGUGGGGAGGGAAACUCAACCCACCCCCUCUGAGGGGCCCUGGUAAAGACAGCCAGGCGCAGGGGCAAGAGACUCUAUUAUGUACACAUAACAUCCUUUAACUUUUUUUUUAUAAUGACAUAUGAAUAUAAAACAUUUUUUGAAUAAUUUUUUAUUUAAUUAUUGAUAGUUUUAAGCAUAUAAUAUUUCAACACCAAUCCCACCACUAGUGUCAACUUCCCUACUUUAGUGUCCCAUGUUCCCUCCCAACCUAUCCCAACGCCCAACCCCCCAUUUGUUAUCUUUACAGGCACAUUACAAAGUUCCAGUGGAUGCAGCUUAGAUCUUACAUUUUCAGUGUUGUUGAGUCUGUGUUUUGGAUGAGUGGUUGUGUAACUGAAGUAUAUCUGAAGCCCCGAUCCCUAUUUGCCCCUUACUUCCUUUUCUCUUCUUUUUUCCCCCCUUGUUUUGUUUUAAAGUUGUUCACAAUAAUUUAUCACAUUCAAUAUUCCAACACCAAUCCCACCACCUUUACACCUUCCCACCACCAUUAUUUUGAAUUUUCCCAACCACCCACACCUUCCAGUAGCAGAUCCUAAGUAAUUUGUUUUAUAUUGCUUAUUACAAAUAAUUCAUUAAAAAUUAUCAAAAAUGUUUCCUUAAAAGAAGGUGUGCUAAGAUUGUAUCUCAAACAUGUUUUUUCAGGUUGAGCCUUAUAUGCUAAUAUUUUUUUUUAAACAAGAUUGGUUCCUUUCUACUUUACAUCCCAUCCGAUCCUGGUACAUCAGUGGUGUAUAGUAUGAGAUGUUGCUCCAGGGAUUCUAAAAUUUUAAAUAGUGUGAUGCAGCUAGAGUUAAAUUUUUAACUGGAUGGUGACUUCAGAGUUCAGAGGCAUCUUUUCAGCUUGUUGAUCUCUUCCUAGAUUUAUUUUUGAGUCUGUGGACCAUGGCUGGUUAAUGAGUUUAUAUGUCAUAGGAGGCAGUUCGUGGGUGUGACUGCCAGACUCCCUGAAGAACAUAAAUGGGGGGAAGCCGCCCAUUCCGACUCUGUGAGAGCCUGGAGAUUUUGGUCACAAAACCUGCAUACCUGAGUUUGUCAACAGAUUCAUUUAUGGAUGGGGCUUGUCCCUGGAUCCGCUGUGAGCAUGGUGGCCAUAGGGUUGUGGAGGUUUUUGGCUGUCAAGACUGUUUGGACAGGUGGUGGCUUAUCUGCCCCCUCCAGGGUGCCGUGGAUGAGACUCAGCCUGGUGUGUCUGGAGGCAUUUCUCUUAAUGUGUGUAUAUUUUUAUACAUAAUGGAGAAAAAUCAUAUACAGUCCAGGUGAAGAAACCAUUCCUAAACUGAGUUUUUUCUCUUUUUAUCUCUUUUUAGUUUAAUAAGUCACCAACCUUAAUAAAAAUAGCAAACUAGUACAUUGACCAUUUAUAUGGCCUUAAUCUAGAUUUCCAAUUAACAUAGCCAUGUUUUUUCUUUAAAACAAUUAUUGUUUUUAGUUUUGGGUGAUACCCAGGUGUGGCUUACUCCUGGGCUAUCUACAUGCAAGUUAAGCACCUUAACCCCUUUACUAUCUCUCUAUCCUCAGUAUUUUCUUUAUAUUCAAUAGAUGGAUGUCAUAUAUUUUUAUAUUUCCAGAACCAUAUGAAAGUAAUUGUUGGGAACUGGUAUUGAACUUCAUAAAACAGAUUUAUACUAUACAUAUAUUUUUUAAUUUAUUUCAUUACUAUGAACUUAUUGAGAUUGUUUUAUUUGUAGGUCACACCUGACUGUGCUCAGGGUUUAUUUCUAGCUCUGCACUAAAGGGAUCACUCUUUGUGUGCUUAGGGGACCAUAUAGGGUGUUAGGGAUCAGACGCAGGUCAGCCACAUGCAAGGCAAAUACCCUACCCACUGUACUAUUGCUCUGGCCCCCAAAUUUUUUAGAUUGAUUAGUCUCAAAUGGCAAGAGCUUUCAUUUGUUCUAAAUCACUGUUGCUUGUUCCAGUGUAUUUAUAUACAGUAUGUAUUGUCCUCUACUUUCAAGAUAUUUCAAUUUAUCUCAGAUAUUUUCUGCUGUAAAUUACUCCUGUGAACAUUCUUAUAGUACACUUUGAUACAGAAGUCUUGUUUCCUCACAUUUCUAUUAGAUGUAUAAUGAGGUAGGAAACAUUAAUAUUUAUCUUUAGUCUUACUAUACACAUAAUAUUAAUGUCAUGCUAUCCUUCCAGAAGGAUUAUCUCCUUUACCUACAGGAGAGUUCUAUUAAAGUUCCAGUUCUCUGCAUCCUUCCCAACAAUUGGUAUCAGCCUUUUUAAUUUCUCUGUUUGAUAUGUGUGCUAUAUAGCUCCUCUUUGUUCUAAUUUGUAUUUCCCUCAUUGCUAAUGAACUAAGCCCCCCCUUAAUGUCAGUUAGCUGUAAAAGUGUUUUGUGUUGGAAAUGGCACUGGGGCUACACCCAGCAGUGUUCAGAAGCUACUCAUGUCCCUGUGCUCGGGAGUGACCCCUUGCAGUGUUCUGGGGAACUGUAUGUGGUGUCCAGGAAUGGAACUUGGGUCAGUUCAUUCAGGACUUAUCUUGGUGAAGUGUCAUAAAGUUCACUGAUGAAUGCUUUGCCUUUUUUGAUCCCUCACUCCUCUCAAAAAAUUACUAAAUUAAAGAAAAUAGAGACAAAUGAAAACGAUAUAAAUAGAAAGAGAUAAUCAUGUUGAUGAUCUAGAGACUUCAGUAGUGUAAGCUUCUAGACUUAUAGAAAGUUCUUUUCCCUUAAAUUUGUGUGGCUUAUUGUUUUUGCAUUUAAGUUUACUUGCUUGACUCUGUAACUUUUAGAAUUAAAGAGCAAGUUAAGUCACUGUUAGAUUUAAAAUAUAUUCUUUCCAUCCAGUGAGUUCCAGUUCCUCAGAUGAGCAGGAGAGAAAUUUGACAAAAAGCAUCACCUUAUGACAGGCACUAAUAUCUACACUUUAUUCUUGAAUGCUAGCAGUUGUUUUAAUUUUUCACACAUAAAUUAACUUUAUUUUUUAAAAACAGUGGCUUACACAACACACAUUUAUUAUACCUCAGACAGGAAAUCCAACACUUGGAAUUCAAAGUAGUUCGAUGGGAUUGUGUUCUUUCUGUUCACUCUAGGGCAAUAGUGUUUUGUGCGAUUGAUCUGAGAACAAAUAGAGGCCGCAGGUAUAAAAAGCUUGAAAAGCACUGCUCUCUGCCAGGAGUGACCCCUGCACACCACCAGGCAUAGCCCCAAAACUCAGAAAAUAAAAUUAAGGGACUUCGUGGACUGCUUGCACCCGUGUGGCCGAGCACAUGUGGUGCCUGAGCACAUGUGUCGCCCGAAUCUCCCCUCUUGAGAUGUGUACUUUCAUACUUUCCUAUCUAAUGCUGGGAUGUGUGUGGGGGCUCUCUUUGCUCUUGGAGAAGCCCGUGUUCUCUCUUUGAGCACGUUACUUUGUCUCUCUUACUCUCCACUCUCCCACUUUUCCUCUUCCCUUCAAAAAUCCUCCAAAUAAAAUGUUUUACUUAAAAAAAAAAAAUUAAGGGGCUAAAGAGAUAGUACAGGGAUUAAGGCACUUGCCUUGCAUGCAGCCGACUCCGGUUCAGUCCCUGGUACCACAUAUGGUCUCCUAAACACUACCAGGUAUGUCCCCAAAAACAUUAAUAAUAAACUAAAGUUUGACUGGAGUUUUUCUGUGUUUUAGUGAAGCAAAAUAGUUUGGGGGAGGAGUUAUUUGUUUUUAUUUUGGGGGUAUGCUCUCAGGAAUCACUCUUGGCAGGACUGAGGGCCAUGUACCCACAGAGAGCUCUGAUUUUUUAAAAAAAGGUAUCCAGUAUAGGCCACAGUGAAAAAAGUGACAUUUGAGCAGAGCCAGAUGUCAGAGUCAUGUGGAAAAAGAAUGUUCCCAGCUGAAGAAACCACCACCAUAGGUCUUUUAAGCAAAAUUGUGCCUAGUGGACUCAAGAACCCCUAAGGAGGAAAUGAUUCAACUGGAGAGUCAUAGAGAUAAAUAUCAGAGAAGCACAAGGUUAGAUCUUGGGAAUCCUGCAUUAGAUUAUUUUUUCUUUAUCUUCAGUUUCAAUCCUUUGAUUUCUAAGGUAGGAAUUUCUUAUCUAUGCUUAUCUAUGCUUAUCAAGGUUUUCUGACUGAUGAAAUCUGUCAGUAUUCUUAAACAGAACUUAAAAAUAUAUAUCCUUGGGGCUGGAGCUAUAGCACAGCAUGUAGGGCGUUUGCCUUACAUGCGCUGAUCUGGGUUCGAUUCCCAACAUCCCAUAUGGUCCCUGAGCACUGCCAGGAGUAAUUACUGAGUACAAAGCCAUGAGUAACCCCUGAGCAUCACCGGGUAUGACCCAAAAGAAAAGAAAAAUUAUAUAUAUCCUUUCUAGCCUUACUUGUGUCGGUUCUGUUGGCCUUCUUUAUAUUCAUUAAUUUUCUCUUCUAGUUAGGAUUAAUCUAUUCUGUCUGCUCUAACUUUUGGGGGGGGGGGCGUGGAGAGGGGUUGGGCCCAUGUUGUAGUGCUCAGGGCGUACUCUUGGCUCUGCACUCAGAGAUCAUUCUGAUGGUUCUCAGGGGACCAUAUGAGCUACUGGGGAUUGAACCAGGUCAGCCACUUGCAAGGCAAGUGCCCUAAGCACUGUACUAUCUCUCUAGGCCCUGCUUUUAUGUGUGUGUGUUGUUUUUUUUUUUUUUUUUUGGUUGUUCUUGUUUGUUUGUUUAAUUUUGAGGGAAAGUUUAGGGUAGUGGUCAGGGAUCACUCCUGGCAGUGCUCAGGGGACCAUAUACAUUAUGAGGAUUCUAACCAAGGUUGGCGCUAUGAGGUAAAUAAAUGCUUUAAUCUUAGUAUUGUCUCUCCAGCCCUUGAUUUAAUACUUUUUAACUGCUGUAAUAUGGUGGCUUGCAUCAGUUUCCAUACUACUGUUCCAUUUUGUAGUGUGCCUUCACCACCCUCUCUAGGGUAUGCCAAAGUGUCCCUCCACCACCAUUCCAAGGUCCCAUCUCCCCCUCCAUCUCUGUGACCUAGGUUCACUGCUCUCUUUGGACUUUCUCAGACUUUGUUUUCUUUUCUCCCUCCCUCCCUCCCUCCCUUCCUUCCUUCCUUCAUCCUCCCUUCCUCCCUUCCUCCAUCCAUCCUUCCCUCUCUCCUUCCUUUCCU